UCUUAUGCAUCCUUUUACCAACAACAGGCAAUGUAAAACUCACCGAUACUGCAUAUACAGCGUUACCAAUAGGCGUUGAAACAACACUCAUCAUUAAUGAAAAUACAGAGCUGUCAGAACAUUAUAGACCAGUUGGAAAAUCAGAUUAUGUAUCUGCACAUGGGGAAUGCUUUGAAAAAAUCAAACCUGAGGUGGAAUACAGCUUAAGUUAUUUAUUGAUGAAAUUUCCAAGGGAUGAAAGUAGCGACUGUUAUAUAAAAUGUCUUAUGGAUUAUUGGAAUUUUUACGAUCCAGUAAUUCCACAUCGCUCAGUUAAACGUUUGUGCAAACAGCUUACUUUUUGGUAUCCAAACUAUGUAGAAGAAUGCAAUAAUUCGAUUGAGGAAUGCAUUAGCAAAUAUCCUGAUGAAGAUAGCUUAUUUGAAUCUUGCUCUUGGAUUGGCAAUGUUACUAAAUGCUUUCUGAAGCAAUAUAGAAAAUCAUUGUUAUUAACAUUUAUUAUAUAACUCUACAACAAAAAUUCAUGCUAAAAAUCAUUAACAAGUUUUAACGUAAAAAAAACGCCAAACGUCACAAAUGUCAGAUAAGAGAAGAGGUUAAAAAUAAAUACGAUAUUAUGCAUAUAUGUUAAAUAAUGAGGUGUUAAGCUGAAAACAAGACUCUAUAGAGGAAAUAUGAAACCAGUUCUUUUAAGUUCAGUGAGGCUUAAUUCAGCUGAAAGAGCAUACUUAAUCUAGUUUUAUUGUCAACUCCCUAACAAUUCAAGUCUUCGAAAACGGAGAUAUGUGUGCGCUAUUCUUCGAGUGUGAACUUUCGAGAAACUUGCAACGAGUUUGCAAAUGUAGUAAAAUUAACAUACAAAGUCGUUAAAGACUUUAGUACGGAUUUAGUCUUUAGUGUAUCUUUGACGACCAACAACGGUAACGCCGCAAACGUAAAUACUGAAAUGAAAUUCACAUUGAUUUUGCUUUUUGCCGUUGCAGCUGUGGCUAAUGCAAAGUUUGAGGUGCGGAAUAAGGAAGAUGCAUUGAAAGCACAUGAAGAAUGUCUUGAAGACAAUACAGUCCCUGAUGAGAUCUAUGAAAAAUUUUUGAAUUAUGAAUUUCCCGAACAUAAGCGCACCAAUUGCUACAUAAAAUGCUUUGUCGAAAAAAUGGGUUUGUUUACUGAGCUCAAAGGCUUUGAUGAGAACGCAAUCAUAACACAAUUCACAUAUAAAAACUUUAAGAAUCUAGAAUCAGUACGUCAUGGACUCGAGAAGUGUAUUGAUCAUAAUGAAUGGGAAUCAGAUACCUGCACUUGGGCAAACCGUGUAUUCUCGUGUUGGUUGAAAAUAAAUCGUCAUGUUGUGCGUAAAAUCUAUGGUGAUGCUUAAAUUUUUAAGUUAAAAUAUAUACACAAAAA